AUGGAUACGAAAGAAUGGCGUAGGCUUCAACUGCGUAGGCCUAAUCCCCCCCCAGCUGUUACAUCUACAAAUCCACUGGCUGUAACUGACAAUAAAAAUGUUCCUGUAAACAUAAAGACUACUGUUAUGCAACAUGACGAUGAGCAGCAGAAUAUCGAGGACAUUGACAAAGAAAGGAACAUUGAGGAAAAUAUAAAUAUAGGUUUCCUUACUGCGCGUGGUACUUCAAUUAAUGUCUCAAAGCAAGCGUUAUUUAAAGCAAAGAGACUAUUCGCAGAUGCCUUCGAUACGGAUGAAGCGCGGACGUCUGAAUUAUUUGCUAAAAAAAGGUCUAAUGAAGAGAAAAACAGAUCAUCCUUGUCAUUCUCUUCGUUUGCCACGAAUGUUUUCGUCAACCAUGCGAAUCAAGUCAUUGUGAAACCAAAAUCAUUUACGAAACACGUUAAAACGUACGACAAACGACACACUACAAAUCGCAAAAAAUUAUUUACAAAUAAAAAUCCUAUCAAAAAAGCUAGUACAGUCUCUAUGUUAUUUUCAACUGUUGGUGGCGCGCCCAUUAAUAUCCCAAAAGAAGCACUGUCAAAAGCGAAAACGUUAUUAGCAGAUGAAUCAGAGAAUGCCGAUGACAAUGUAUUAAUAAAAUAUUCCGAGACAUCACUCACAGAUAAAAAUUGUACAACAGUAAAUAAAAGUCCAAGUGAAAAAGUCGAUGACGUUCCUAUUUUAUUUUCAACAGCUGGUGGCGCGCCCAUUAAUAUAUCAAAAGAAGCAUUGUUAAAAGCGAAAACGUUAUUAGCGGAUGAAUCAGAGAGUACCGGCGGUAACAAUGUCGUAAUAAAACAUUUUAAAAGAUCGCCUGCAUCUAAAAAUAGAACAGUAAAAAAUAUCUGUCGACCGUCUUUUGUACGUAAUAAACCCAUCAAUAUCUCAAAAAAAUCACCACCUAUAAUAAAAACCGUGUUCGCGAAACAUGCAAAUAGUGCCGAAUUCACUGUUAAAAAUAAAAAUAAUAUCUCUGAUAACGAACAACGUGAUAGCAACAAUCAUAAGCCAAAAAUUCCCAAUGAAAGUCUAGACACAUGUAAUAAUGAAGGUGCAAAAAAUGUUACAGACGCAGUACUUGAUAGUUUAAACACAUCUAUGCAAAAGUUGUGUUGCACAGCCUCGAUCAAUAACAUGAGUGACGUAUGCUCUGAUACUUUUGAUAAUGAUAAAACAAUAAAGACUACUGUUAUGCAAUAUGACGAUGAACAGCAGAAUAUCGAGGAUAUUGACAAAGAAAAGAACAUUGAAGAGAAUAUAAAUAUAAAUUUCCUUACUGCGCGUGGUACUUCAAUUAAUGUUUCAAAGCAAGCGUUAUUUAAAGCAAAGAGACUAUUCGCAGAUGCCUUCGAUACGGAUGAAGCGCGGACGUCUGAAUUAUUUGCUAAAAGAAGAUCUAAUGAAGAGAAAAACAGAUCAUCCUUGUCAUCCUCUUCGUUUGCCACGAAUGUUUCCGUCAAUCAUGCGAAUCAAGUCGUUGUGAAACCAAAACCAUUUACGAAACACGUUAAAACGUACAACAAACGACACACUACAAAUCGCAAAAAAUUAUUUACAAAUAAAAAUCCUAGCAUAAAAGUUAAUACGGUCCCUAUGUUAUUUUCAACUACUGACGGCGCGCCCAUUAAUAUCUCAAAAGAAGCACUGUUAAAAGCAAAAACGUUAUUAGCGAAUGAAUCAAAGAAUACCGAUGACAAUGUAUUAAUAAAAUAUUCCGAGACAUCACUCACAGAUAAAAAUUGUACAACAGUAAAUAAAAGUCCAAGUGAAGAAGCCGAUGACGUUCCUAUUUUAUUUUCAACAGCUGGUGGCGCACCCAUUAAUAUAUCAAAAGAAGCAUUGUUAAAAGCGAAAACGUUAUUAGCAGAUGAAUCAGAGAGUACCGGCGAUAACAAUGUCGUAAUAAAACAUUUUGAAAAAUCGUUUACAUCUAAAAAUAUGACAGUAAAAAAUAUGUGUCGACCGUCUUUCGUACAUAAUAAACCCAUCGAUAUCUCAAAAAAAUCACCACCUAUAAUAAAAACCGUGUUUGCGGAACAUGCAAACAGUGCCAAAUUCACUGUUAAAAAUAAAAAUAAUAUCUCUGAUAACGAGCAACGUGAUAGCAAAGAUCACGAGCCAAAAAUUCCCAAUGAAAGUCUAGACACAUGUAAUAAUGAAAGUGUAGAAAAUGUUACAGACGCAGUCUUUAAUAGUUUAAACACAUCUAUGCAAGCGUUGUGUUGCACGGCCUCGUUCAAUAACAUAAAUGACGUAUGUUCUGAUGAUACUUUUGAUAAUGAUAAAACAAUAAAAACUACUGCUAUGCAAUAUGACGAUGAGCAGCAGAAUAUCGAGGACAUUGACAAAGAAAGAAACGUUGGGAAAAAUAAAAAUAUAGAUUUCUUUAUUACGCGUGAUACUUCAACUAAUGUCUCAAAGCAAGCGUUAUUUAAAGCAAAGAGCCUAUUCGCAUCAGAUGCUUUUAAAUUCAACGUCUCCGAGGAUGUCUCGAUUUUAAGGCUCGAGACACCCUUAUCAUCACUUGAUAGUUCCAAUACGAUAAUGUCAACCAUGGCCGCCGUACAUUCAUCUACAUCGUUGAGUCUGUUACCCUUUUCAAAUAAAACAAACCAACAACAUUGGAGUAGCGACAUGUUAAAGACAUCGCAGCAGACACAGAUUUGCACAAAACCAAUGACUGAUGAUGGCUCACGUGUAAAAACGAAAGAACGGCGUAGGCUUCAACUGCGUAGGCCUAAUCCCCCCCCAGCUGUUACAUCUACAGAUCCAUUGGCUGUGACUGACAAUGAAAAUAUUCCUGUAAACGUAAAAACUACUGUUAUGCAAUAUGACGAUGAGCAGCAGAAUAUCGAGGACAUUGACAAAGGAAGGAACAUUAAGGAGAAUAUAAAUAUAGGUUUCUCUACUGCGCGUGGUACUUCAAUUAAUAUCUCAAAGCAAGCGUUAUUUAAAGCAAAGAGACUAUUCGCAGGUACCUUCGAUACGGAUGAAGCGCGGACAUCUGAAUUAUUUGCUAAAAAAACGUCUAAUGAAGAGAAAAACAGAUCAUCCUUGUCAUCCUCUUCGUUUGCCACGAAUGUUUCCGUCAACCGUGCAAAUCAAGUCGUCGUGAAAUCAAAACCAUUUACGGAACACAUUAAAACAUACGACAAACGACACACUACAAAUCGCAAAAAAUUAUUUACAAAUAAAAAUCCUAGCAAAAAAGCUAGUACAGUCUCUAUGUUAUUUUCAACUGUUGAUGGCGCGCCCAUUAAUAUCUCAAAAGAAGCACUGUCAAAAGCGAACACGUUAUUAGCGGAUGAAUCAGAGAAUACCGAUGAUAAUGCAUUAAUAAAAUAUUCCGAGACAUUACUCACAGAUAAAAAUUGUACAACAGUAAAUAAAAGUCCAAGUGAAAAAGUCGAUGACGUUCCUAUUUUAUUUUCAACAGCUAAUGGCGCGCCCAUUAAUAUAUCAAAAGAAGCAGUGUUAAAAGCGAAAACAUUAUUAGCAGAUGAAUCAGAGAAUACCAAUGACAAUGCAUUAAUAAAAUAUUCCAAAACAUCACUCGCAGAUAAAAAUUGUGCAACAGUAAAUAAAAGUCCAAGUGAAGAAGUCGAUGACGUUGCUAUUUUAUUUUCAACAGCUGGUGGCGCGCCCAUUAAUAUAUCAAAAGAAGCACUGUUAAAAGCGAAAACGUUAUUAGUGGAUAAAUCAGAAAAUACCGACGGUAACAAUAAUGUCGUAAUAAAACAUUUCGAAAAAUCGUUUGUAUCUAAAAAUAUGACAGUAAAAAAUAUGUGUCAACCGUUUUUCGUACGUAAUAAACUCAUCGAUAUCUCAAAAAAAUCACCACCUACAAUAAAAACCGUAUUCACGGAACAUGCAAACAGUGCCAAAUUCACUAUUAAAAAUAAAAAUGAUAUCUCUGAUAUCGAGCAACGUGAUAUAAAUUUUUUGAAUAUUGGAUUCAGCACUACUCGCGACACACCCGUUAAUUCCAAGCGAGCUACGUUCAAAACUAAAACAUUAUUUGCAGAACACGUGAAUGAUUUAUUGCAAGACAUUCAUAACAAUGACAAUGAGUUAAAAAGACAGGAAACAAGAGUUUCAAAAGUUGGUUUCCAAACUGCUAAUGGUAAAGCCAUCAAUAUCUCAAAACAGGCUUUAUCCAGAGCAACGGCCGUAUUUGCAGAACAUUUGGACACGACGUUAAAAACAACCGUUACAAAAAAAACUAAUAUUCAUGACGCAAAAAUGAAAGGACUAGAAGCAAAAAUGGCAAUUAUUACAAUCCAAUCAGCUAGAAACAUCGUUGAUAUUUCUAAAGAGAGACCGAAAGCAAAAAUAUCGUUCAAACAUGUAGAUGCGCAACCAGAACCAGUCUGUGCAAAGACUACUAAAAUCGACACAAAGAUAAAAAGCAGACCAGAAAUAAAACGUCCAACCCAGGGUGGAUUUCAAACCGCUUGCGGAACAUUUAUCAAUAUUUCAGAACACGCAUUAUCUAGAGCAAAAGCAGUAUUUGCAGAUCAAGUAGAUUGUUUUAUAGAAAUGGACCGUCCUGAGAAAAACACCCGCGAUAACGGCCGAAAAAUAAAAAAACCCGAUUUAAUACAAUUGCCACACGGUGGAUUGCAAACAGCAAAUGGUCAACAAGUACCGGUUUUGAACAUGACUGUCGUGCAAGCACGAGACGUCGUCUCCCGUGACUACCUGGAUGAGAAGACGUCUGACUUGGGGCACGUAUCGUCGCAAAAACACAAACUAAGCGAGACUACGGUAGACAAAAGCACACCUCAGGGCAGAACGUGCGCGUUCGAAACGAAAAAAGCUCGUCUCAGCAACAACAUUCCAGCUAAAAACGUGUUCGAGACGACAGCGUUACAAGAGAACCGUAUACAAAAAGCGACAAUAUGCGAAAAGCGUGAAGACGCAAACAUAAAUACGCAAAAACCAACGCAAGUCGUAAAUGAAAGAGCAAAAGGCGGUAGCACAGACGUAAACGACUACGGCGCGAUUCAGAUGACGAUGGCGUACAUUAAUGAUACGAAAAAGAUAUUAAAAGCUCGCUGGACCGCUGCGUUGGAGAAGCAGGAAGCGCGAAUUAUCGCGAAACAAAAACACAGGUCGAAACAUGUUGUGGGUCACCUAUAUCUUUACAAGCAAACCAUGUCCACGGUUCGUUUGUCAUUGAUGGAUAUUAGCGGUGGUAAACCACCUGUGCUGCGUUCCUCGCAAGAGCUCCACGCGCGACGAAUAUCGCCGAGUAUUCUAGAUAUCACUGCUACAAACGCCGCAACGUACAGACUCCGUUGCUCCGACUUUUACGAGACCGGCGCCGCGAUGGUGUGCAAUAACGUGUGCACAAUAAUCGAGAUGGAGGACAACGGCACGUGUCUGAUUGCAGACGAGAACGGCGACGCGGGAGUCGAGGAGUUCCACCGCGCAUUUCUCGCCAGUACGGGCGUAGAUCCAACGCUCAUUCCCGCCGGCUGGGUCGAAAAUCAUUAUCGAUGGAUCGUGUGGAAAUUAGCGUCGAUGGACCGACGGCGGUUUGGCUCGACUGACCUACCCAGAGUAUUAACACCUUUGUACAUAAUGGCGCAAUUAAAAUAUCGGUAUGAUCGAGAAAUCGAUCGUUUUGAGCGACCAGCAUUAAGACGCAUUUUGGAAAAAGACGACGCCGCGUACAAGAGAAUGAUUUUAUGCGUGUCAUCUAUAGUACAAAGCGACCAAGGUAUCCACAAUGGUACUGAGCCAAAAGAGAUCGAUCAAGGCAUCCUCAAGGACACCAAAGGGCGAAAAGAAAAUAAAAGGCCAACACCCAAGGCCAAGUGCAAAGCAGCGGACGACGCCAAGAAGCGGACAACGCCAAAGCAGCGGACGACGCCAAGCAGCGGGCAACGCCAACGCAGCGGACGACGCCAAGCAUCGGACAACGCAAAAGCAGCGAACAACGAGAAGCAGCAACUGCGUUCGACAACCAGCAUCUUACUUCACGCCAGGGCCAGCCGCAAACAACGGAGCCUGCGAGCGACCAUGCGAGCCGUACUUCUAAUUCCGCGCGCGACAACACAAGCGACUUUAGAUAACGUUCGUGUAGCAUUAGAAACGCGACACUCGGACAGCGAAACCGAGUUACUGGAAAACGUUGUUACUGAGCGCGAGUUUCCGUUUGGUGAGAUUGACGAGGGUUUAUUCUCAAACGACCCCAUUGACCGGACGGACGAAAAACCGCGUAGAAGCAGACCAUACGUUAGCCGAACCCCUAGCAGAGUAUCCUCGCGACGAGAAUUUUCAUUAACCUCUUACGAGAGCGAUACAUUCGACCCGAGCGAAUACUAUCGGGAAAACGGCGGAGAGACGCGAAUGGAAAGACCCCUAUUAGAAGAACGCACUCACACAAACCAGCCACAAGCGCAAGUUAAGGAAAUCGAAAUGGCACAGUCACAAUCUGACGCACAGUACGCACCGCUAUCUACGGAAACGCACGACGUAAGAGAAAUAUACAAUUUAUUACGGGAAAUGCAGAAAAUGCAAGAGGAAUCGCGUAUGAAAAUGCGUGACGAAACGCGCGAAUUACGAGAACGGUUAAUAACACUAGAAAAUAGUGCACGAAACGGCGACCAAGUAGGAGCCGGAAACGGAAGAUAUUCGAGCAAAAAUUACGGACGGACGGAACACAAUAUAAGAAAUCGGCGUAGUUCCAUACCGAAUUCUAUAACGUUAAAAGAAGCACGAAGCAUGAUCCCUGAGUUCGAUGGGACGUCGCGACAAAAAUUACAAGAAUUUAUAAACGCGUGCACAUAUGCGGUACAUAAUAUACAGCCUACAGACGAAGAAUCAUUAGUACAGGCGAUUUUAUAUACAAAAUUAAAAGGAAAGGCAAUGCAAGAUUUUGAAACGCAAGAUAUACAAACAUUCGCUCAAUUAAAGCAACAAUUAGAAGAUUGCUAUCAAGCCAAGCAGAGCACUACCCAUUUGCAGAUUGAGUUUAAUACACUCAAGCAAGAGCCAAACGAAAGCGCACAUGCUUUUGGGCAACGAGUCGAUCUACUAGCCAUGAAGCUAUAUGACGCUAUGAUAGAAGGAGAAGAUCACUCCAGUAUGUUUAAACGCGCGAUCCAGCAAACGAUACAAAAACAAGCUUUAAUUAAUUUUCAAAUAGGAUUGCGCGACGAAUUAAAAAUACUUGUACGUUCGCAGAAUAAUGCGACGUUACAAGAAGCCAUAACGGGAGCGAGCGCGGAAGAAAAGCUCAUAGGGCCGACCACGACAAAAACGGGCGCCUCGCUAUACAAAAAUAAGCCAGGAUAUACGAGACAGCCCCAAAAUCAGAGCGUACAAUGUUUUAAAUGCGGAAAAACUGGUCAUUAUGGACGGGAAUGCCGGAGCCAAGGAAACGCAUUACCUAAACCUAGUAAAGGCUGA